AUGACGGCGCCGUACGAUAUACCCAACGAACCCAACAACAACAGACAAUUGCGUGUGCUUUCGAGCUCGAGCUCCAGUUCAUCUUCAUCAUCUUCUUAUUCAUCUACAUCUUCUUCACUACUUAAUAUCUCCCGAGAGAAGCCUAAGAGGUUUGGCUUCCGCACCUUCUUCUCGAGCUCUGAACAAAAGCAUCAUCGCCGCGUACGAAAGAAACGAUCCCGUCGCCUGAUUCGAUUCAGCAACUCCUCUUCCUCUUCGCUCAACUCGGACCUUGCCUAUGGAAAGGGCUACAUCGACCGUGACCGUCGGAGAAGUCGCGACCUCCACUCUCCGUCUGACCAGCGGCUGCGCCAAGACGUGAGCGACCACGAGAGGCCUCCGUUGCCAAAGCGUGGGGAGACGGACGAAGAAAUUCGUGAGAUUGGGAGGAAGCUAUCCGAGAUUGCGCGGAAGCAAAACAAUGAGGACUUCAGAGCUGCGGGCAGGGUUCGGCCGUCCCAGCUUGUCGGUGCAGCUGCGGCUUUAAGCCACUUUCACCGCAACAACUCGGGAGGCGACCGCCUCGACCGAGGCAUCGGCGCCUCCAAACACAGCCGCAAAUACUCUUCGGACGACUCGGAGUGGGAGUCUGCGUCGGGCGAUGAGUCCAGCAGUGAGGACAGCGAUGCCAGCUUGGCCUAUGGGUCUACAACUCACUUGCAAACUGAUGCCAACAAGCCAAUUCACAUCAGCAAUUCAAGUGAAUACGGCCAUCAACUAAACACUGAGAGGACGCUCAACCGAAAGCCUUCUUUAGUCGAUCCGCGACUUUUUGGACCCGUUAACUCCCUGCGUGGCCACGUCCAGACUCCUUGUGGCUUUGAAAAAGUUGACCGCAAGACAACAGGAGAUGGGUACGAACCUUCCAUUGCCCCAAGUGAAAACGUGUCCCUUGAGAGUGGUCAACUUCGGACAGUGUAUCCGGUUCCCACGUCAGACCCUACGCGGUUCGACGCUGGCCGAGGCUCGAUAGUCUCAGCUCAGCAGGAGUCUUCUCGAUCUCGACCUGCACCACUUCCAAUUCAGCAGCCCAAGCCCAUCGCGCCAGUCUCUAGUAAAGUAUUUGAUGCGGUCGAGCCUGAUACCAAGUACUCACGGCGAUCAUCAUCAUCUGGAAAAACCCUCGUCGGAGCUGCAGUCGCCGGCUUUGCUGGGGCUGCGCUGGCCAGUGCCUUGUCCGAACAUAAAGAUGACCGUGACCUCGAGGGUCGCCACGAAAGUGAUGGGAAGCGCCGAUCAAAGCGGUCAGAUGCCCAACCUGUUGACGAGCGAGCUGAGAAACGUAGGAGCAGAGACGAGAGACGGCGGGAGAAGGACAAGGAGUUGGGGCGUGAUGAUGAAGGGGAAAGGCGGCGUCGCGAUAAACACCGGGAUGAUGCCUCUUCUACUUACUCACGUGAAACCCAAGACCAAACCGAGGAUGGAAAGAAUUCCAAGACAGACCGCGAGUACGAGCGGGAAAAACGACGCCACGCCAAAUAUCGGGAUGAUGGCUCCGCCUAUGAACGCGAUUCCCGGGAUCGACCAAAGGAUGAGCGGAAGGAAGACGCGCCCAAAUUGGAGCGCAGCGACGACAAGCGGUUCAGCCAAACCAAGGAUAUGGAGGAGUAUCGUCGUGUAGAGGACCCCAGUUUCCCACCUGCAGAACGUCCCAUUGACCCCUUUCAGUUCCAGGUGGAGGACGAUGCCUUCCAGACGCCUAUCUACAACACACCAAAGCGGCCCCUGACACCCAACGUGGUAACCGUGGACCGAGAACCCGACUUCGCCCGCUUUGAGUCCAAACCCGAUGACACCAGCGCGUCAGAAAGGAUGAGCCGCCGAGACUCAUUCGAACGCGAGGUUCGUAACGCCAAGGACAUAUACGAAUCCACCAAGCACGCGACGGCGCCAAUAGAGGCAGCGGCCCUUGCCGCCGCUACUGGCGCUUUGGUAGCCGAGGAGCAUCGUGGUCGCAACCGUAGUCGUGGCGGGGACUCAACCUCGCGAAACAGGUCCCGCCAAAAGUCACCCACGAGAGACGAGAUCCAGGAAGAAGCGGAUCGAUACUACCGCGAGCAACUGGUCGCUCGUAAGGCUGCUGAAGAGCGCUCACGUAGUGCGUCGCCUGAAACCUCAGUCGUGGACAGGUGGAAGGAAGACCACGAACCAGUCAUUGAGAUUGUUCCCCCUCCACAACAGGACGAGCCCAAGGGCAAGGGUCCAUAUGACGGACCUAACGCUGAUGUUCGUAUCGAUAACAUCAUGGUGCCGAGGGAACUGAGACGCUUCCAGGCCCCGCGCCGGCCCAGCAGCAGCGGGAGGAGGCCAAAGACCAGCGUGUGCCAGAGCCCAAGAAGAAGAGUGCAGGCGACAGCUCCAGGUCCGUCCCUGAUGUGGUGA